AUGAUUAAAAGUGAUGAACAAAAAAUUAUUGUACCGUGUUUUACACAAAAUAUUAACGUUGAAAUCAAUGAAUUUGAUGAUCGUAUAUCAAUGAAAUAUAUUAAUUGUACACGACAAUUAAAGAAACAUGUAUUUACAAUUACAUUUGAAAUACAACGACAAUUGAAAAAAAUUGAUCAUAUGUUUGAAUCAAAUAUGGUUGUUACACUUUUUGCUGGUCCUUGUUCAUCAAGUACAGCAACAUUAAAUAUUGGUCGAACAUUUCCAUCAAUUCAUGGAACUUUAGAUGGUAGUGAUCCAUCACCAAUAGCUUCAAGUCAUUUACCAUGGAAUGGACAAUCACAAAAAGGAACAAUAUCAUAUGAAUAUGGUGGACAUGGAGGAGAUUUUGCACAACUUAUAUCAGCUCUUAUUCACGUUGUUAUUCGGCAUGGAAGAGAAGAAAUGAUUAAAGGCAUAUACAUCGUAAAAUUUAAUAAUUAG